UCGUUUCUGCGCUACCAACCAAUCAGAGGGGACCUUCUGUCCUCCAUUUUGUCGCAAAAAUAUUUACGGUCCGCAUCAGAAACGAUUUACGUUAGUCACUGCAAUGAGGGAGAGCUGCGCUGCAGUUUUGACAGCUCCACUUUGAAUGAACCUUCACAGCUGACACAACCACCCAGUGGAGGAUGGACCCAGUGGUUCUGAGCUACCAGGACAGCCUGUUGCGGCGCUCCGACGUGUCCCUCCUAGAGGGGCCGUACUGGCUCAAUGACCAGGUCAUCGGCUUCGCCUUCGAGUACUAUGCUGCUGAGCGCUUCCGCGUCCUGGGAGGUGCAGUUAUCUUCAUCAGCCCGGAGGUCACCCAGUUCAUCAAAUGUGCCUCCUGUCCCGACGAGCUGGCGCUCUUCCUGGAGCCGUUGAACCUCACCGCUCACAGCUGGGUCUUUCUCGCCGUCAACGACAACUCCAACCAGACGGCCGGAGGGUCCCACUGGAGCCUCCUGCUCUACCACCACAGCUCCAACCACUUUGCACACUAUGACUCUCAGAACGGCAGCAACUCGCUGCACGCCCGGCGCAUCGCCACCAAGCUGGAGCCUUUCCUGGGCGCGGGGAGGAAAGCUCUGUUCAAGGAGGAGCCCUGUCCGCCGCAGCAGAACAGCUAUGACUGUGGCAUGUACGUCAUCUGCAUCGCAGAGGCCUUGUGCGAGAGCAUCAGAGCGGAGGGCUCGCCGCGCCUUCCCGUGCAGGUCAUCACACCAGCCUACAUUACCCAGAAGCGGGCAGAGUGGCGCAGACUGAUCCAGAGUUUGGCUCAGAACGACCUUUGCUGCUCGCUGACCUUCCCUUAGCAUGCCGACCGCAAACCCGCACAUAUCUACUGCUGGGAAAUCUGAAUGCACUCCAUGUCUACGUAUAAAGCCUGUCCCUCCUCAGUAACCAAUGAAAGGAAAGAUUGGAAAGCUUCAGAGAAUGGCUGGUGUCCUGUUUAUCCCAUGCGUGUGCACGGCCGUAUAUAGUAUGUAAACAAGAACACCAGCAUGCCUAGAAAGCUGAAACUCUCGCCUUCAUGCUUUGACGAACGGAGAAUGCACGGUGUGGAAACAGGACGUUGGGGCUGUUUUUUGUUUGUUUUUUCUGUUUAUCGAUUUUGGAGUCAAAUUAGAAAUGUUUACGCAGAUUACUGCUCAGGGUCAUUUUUAAUGAACUGAAUUGACAAUAAGAAUGUGUUGCUUCUUUUUUCACCGUGGGGAAACAGGAGUGUGGGUGGGGGCGAGACGUGGCCUGCGUCUGUGGAGGAAUGCCUGUUAUGUUCUCACAGAGUAUCAAACUCGCCGUCAGGUGACCUGAAAGGAAAAAAUGGCUUUAAAGUUGCUCUGUGGCUUUUUUUCAAGCUCUUUUACUUUUUGUCGUUUGUGUGUCAACGACGACAUUAAACUUUGGUUGUUUGGCUGCUGCAUUUUGAAAAACAAUGUCUGUUUUUAAGUUCCUUUCUUGAAAUAUUGACACGUUGAAGAUGUCUGCAUUGUGAGGAGUAUUUUAAUAUUUUAUCGGGCUAUUCAAAUGAUGAUUCUGACUGAUUAAACUGCAAAAAGAGAACAAGAA